CCGGCGGGCCCGUGACGGCGGCUGGGCCGGAAGGCUGGGCCCGGCUCCUGCCCGGCUCCUGCCGCCCUGCCCUGCCCUGCCCGGGCCCUCCUCGCUGCCCCUUCUCCCGCCCUGCAGCGCCGUAGCGGGGCUUCCCCUGCGGCGGGAGCUGCUCCAGCCCGCCCGGGCAGCCCGCGGGGUUCCCGGGAGCGCGGCCGCCGCGCGAAGCCGCCAGGAUGGAUGAGGAGCCCGAGCGGACCAAGCGCUGGGAGGGGGGCUACGAGAGAACAUGGGAAAUUCUCAAAGAAGACGAAACCGGCUCCCUGAAGGCGACUAUUGAGGACAUUCUUUUCAAGGCGAAGAGGAAGAGACUCUAUGAACACCAUGGGCAGGUUCGACUUGGAAUGAUGCGUCACCUUUAUGUGGUUGUUGAUGGAUCAAGAACCAUGGAGGAUCAAGACUUAAAACCAAACAGACUUACUUGCACUUUGAAGUUACUGGAAUAUUUUGUUGAAGAGUACUUUGACCAAAAUCCUAUUAGUCAGAUUGGCUUAAUUGUAACCAAGAGUAAAAGAGCUGAAAAAAUGACAGAACUCUCAGGUAACUCAAAAAAGCACAUAACUGCUCUGAAGAAAGCAGUGGAUAUGAACUGCAGUGGAGAGCCUUCUCUAUAUAAUUCACUAAAUUUGGCCAUGCAGACUUUAAAGCACAUGCCAGGACAUACAAGCAGAGAGGUUUUGGUAGUCUUCAGCAGUCUGACAACAUGUGAUCCAGCCAACAUCUAUGAUCUAAUUAAGUGUUUAAAAGCAGUCAAGAUCAGAGUGUCUGUCAUUGGCCUAAGUGCUGAAGUUCGAGUCUGUACAGUACUUGCCCGAGAAACAGGUGGAACAUACCACGUUAUUUUAGAUGAAAGUCAUUAUAAGGAGCUGCUGAUGCAUCAUGUUAGUCCUCCACCUGCCAGUUCAAGUUCUGAGUGCUCCCUCAUUCGGAUGGGUUUUCCUCAGCAUACUAUUGCUUCUCUAUCUGAUCAAGAUGCAAAGCCCUCCUUCAGCAUGGCACAUUUGGAAAACAACAGUGAGCCGGGUCUUACACUGGGUGGAUAUUUCUGUCCCCAGUGCAGAGCCAAAUACUGUGAACUUCCUGUGGAAUGCAAAGUCUGUGGUCUUACAUUAGUGUCUGCGCCUCACCUGGCUCGGUCUUACCAUCACUUGUUUCCUUUGGAUGCCUUUCAGGAAGUGCCUCUGGAAGAGUAUCAGGGGGAACGGUAUUGUCAAGGCUGCCAGGGAGAAAUGAAAGAUCAAAAUGUUUACGUAUGUAAAGUGUGUCAGAAUGCAUUUUGCGUGGAAUGUGAUUUGUUUGUUCAUGAUUCUCUGCACUGCUGUCCUGGAUGUAUUCACAAGCAAACUGCUCCCAUAUCCGGAUGAUGGAAUCUCUAGAAAUUGUAUCUGUGUCAUUCUUGGAUAAAUCUAUUUUUAUUCAGCCAUAACAUUCACUGAGGCACCUCGAAACAAGAAGGACAUAGAUGGUUACAGAACGAGGAACACUGGCUUGGGAGCAAACAUUAAUUUUUACCUAAUGUAUGAAUGGUUUUGCUACUGUUAAUAUAUUCUUGAAUUAUCUGUAUCUGAUUUAUUUUCUUCUUGUCUGAAAAGCUCUGGCUUUUUUUUUAAUGUUUUCAUGAACAACAUGUAUAUUUGUAAAUGUGAAAGUGAUAAAACUGGUUUGUAUGAUAAUACGAUUCAUCUUUGUUUCAUUAUUCGUUUAAAAAAAAAAAAGCCCUGACACUAUAUUGUUAUAAGAUCUAGGUUUUGGUAGAUGGUGGAGUUCUAUAGAUCAAAAUAUUUUUUGGUAAGAAUUUAACAAAAAUAGAGCAAUUAUUUGGGGGAUAUUUCAAAUAGUAAUUGAAAGUAUUAUGGCUAUUCACAUUGGCCUUUAAUAACAACUCAAAUACAACUGUUAUAAAUGUGCUGAAAACAUGUUUUGAGUUUUAAUGGUACAACCCAAAACUAGCAAUUAUAUUACUAAUGUGUCUGUAGUUGUGUGGUUUAAGUUCCACUUUCUUGUAUGAGCAUAAGGUUACUUAAAGGCAGCAAGUAGAAUAUCCACUUACCAGUGUAGAUGGGACAGAGGUUAAAGAUAGUCCUGGUACAUAACUAAAACCUUGCUUUAGCUUUCAGUAAGUAGAGGAAUGUACAGUUGCAGUGUCGGGAUGGCUUCUGCAAAAGCUGGACCAAUGGAAUAGAAAUGGAAUGACAUCGUCUGAGGUGAUAAUACAUAAAUAAUACAUAAAUACCUAGACCAUCUCAGGAAUAAAGUAAGGGAUUGCAUUUUGGGAUCAUUCCCUCCCUAAGGUGUUCCUGCCUCACCUCCACACAAACCAUGACCCCAUAUGGGACAGGAUCAGGCAUUUCCCUCCUUCCCCUCUUAGAUAAUAAAGGUUAAUCUGGAUGUGUAAAUAAUAAGGUGUAUUCAGAUAUGAGUACAUGUGUAAGUACUUGGUGUUUCAAAGACCCUAUCUCACCUGAACCCUUCUUCCCCUAAAUUGUGUUAAAUUCCCUAAUAAAACAUUUUAAUUCGUUAAACUAUA